CCCAUGGCCAUGUCCUGUCCAUGAAGUGUUUAUGUUUAUGACCAGUCAGGAACGUCUCCCAUUUUAUCUGAUUUUACUCUGAAGUCUAAUUUAUGGAGUAAUGGAAUAAUUUUAAUAUCCGAAGACUGACCUGCAAGUUCACUGGGAAGUACAUUCUGAUUGCCGAGGCUGACGACAUGAACGAAAGUUGACAACUUGACAGUUCCUUCGACGGCUGAAAAGAAACCUCAUAAAUUCCCAUCAUGUGGGCCGAUACUUUAUUUAUCGUCGUCAUAUCCAUAUGCACUGCGCUUUUUGGCGAGGGGCUUACUUGGUUGUUAGUGUAUAGAACAGAGAAGUAUCAGAAGCUCAAAGCUGAAGUGGAAAGACAGUGCAAGAGAUUGGAAAAGAAGAAGGAAGUACAUGGUGACAGCAUUGAUCGUCAACAGAAGCGUAAAAUUGAACGAGAGGAAGAGAGACUGAAGAACAGCAACAGAGACCUAUCUCUGGUAAAAAUGAAGAGCAUGUUUGCCAUUGGGUUUGCCUUUACUGCACUUCUCUCCAUGUUCAAUUCCAUUUUUGAUGGACGAGUUGUUGCCAAACUUCCUUUCAUCCCCAUAUCUUGGCUGCAGGGUUUGAGUCACAGAAAUCUACUUGGAGAUGACUACACCGACUGCUCAUUCAUUUUCUUGUACAUUCUUUGUACUAUGAGCAUUAGACAGAACAUCCAGAAAUUAUUAGGCUUUGCUCCAUCUCGUGCUGCCAAUAAACACAGCACAAACUUGUUUGGGCCUCAGCCACAGCAGCUCAGCGGAUAUAAAUAAAUUCAAGGGUUAUCAACUCGUUCAUCUUUUGUGUAACUUGAAAUGUGAGUGUAAUUAGAGCAGUGAGAAUUUAAUUUUUACCAACUAUUUUAAACGUUUUGAUAAUACUGCACUAUUUUUCCCAAUGUUUUUUUUUUAUUCUAAGUAAAGUUCUUUCAAAUUCACUGGACAGUUGGAAUGGAUGGUAAUUUACACUAAAUUUCUGAAAGAAAUUUACUAUGUAACCUGUCCAUACUGAAGGUGCAGCUGGUUAAUCCACACUGAAGGUACACUAUUUGAAGUUGAAAAUGUUAAAAGGAAAUCCAGUUGGCCAGAAAAAGCCAAAGAUAUAGUAUGAGUAUUCCAAGUUCUUUGAAGACCUUAUCGGUAUUUUCAUAUCUUGUGACAAUUGGUACUGUACUUUAUGGCAUCCUUUAUUAGUCAAGGUUUACAGUCUCGGUAUGAAGUUGAUGUUAAAUAUUUUGUGUUAGAUUCUCUCUGUUGUAUAUUUUAAGGAUUAUGAUGUCACUGCUCUCCAAUUGCAAAUUUCUAGGAUUGUGUACAGCAUCCUGGUUAAGUCGGUUAAGUCUGUUACCGUGACUGGAAAUACUAUCACACCACUGUAUCAUUGUAAGAAGAGCAACAUUUAGCAAUAUUCCUGUUCUGUUUGUUCUGCCGACUUGGUUAUUAAAGGUAAGGAAGAAAAA